CAGAGCAUAGUUGGCAAUCAGAUAGUAGUUAGCAGGGGUAGCCUACUACGAGUCCCCGCUAUAGCUCUUCUGCAAUUUCAACUGCAACUGGCGGCCAUGUGUACGAAAAGAUAGCUCGGUGCGACUUGCAUUUCUAAAUCCACAAAAGAAAACAUAAAUAUCUCGCCAACCAUAGUGGCACACAGGGAGGAAGUUAACCGCUCCAAGACGAUCAAAAUCCGCUACAACAGGGAUCAACUGAUGAAUUAAAAAAAAAGACAGGAUGGAAUGGAGAGGAUGCACUGAAGAAGCAAGGGAGCGGGGGAGGAGGGAGGUUUAUGUGCAUUGUGGGUAUCGAAUCCGAAACCGAAACCCUCGGAAAGCCCGCUGUCACCCACGUCUCCUCCUCCUCCUCCUCCGCCGGCUUAUCUAGAGAUCGUAGAAAAAUAAUUAACAAAGUGAAGGUAUCCAGCCGUUGCUCGUAGGUGAGAAAACGGAAAAAACCUAUUUUCUAGUCUAAUUUAGAGUAGAAACGUGCGGGAAUAAUGAAAGGAAAUCGAACAGGGGCAUCGCCGAUCGUUUGUAAUCAUCCACAGUAGGCGAUGAUGUGCAGCAGAGCAAGUAGGCCGUGCGAAUAAGCCGCUCAUAUUAGGCUGAUGGUAAACUUACUUUUGAACCUAUCCAACAUAAUUUACUAAAUCGCAACUCAACGCGUAGCUGAAUCAGUCUAACCAUAGAAAUCCUAGAAACAAACGGAAUCACACUAAUCGCAAGCAACCUCCGUCGUUUUCGCAUCUCAGCAACUCAUCAACAAAGCAAGCGCAGCAGUGGAGCAAUAGAACAAAGUAGGCAUCAUGUAUCAUCAUAAUCACAGGACACACAAACACACACUGAUAUUCGGAUCUCGUAACCAACGACAACGUCUUAGCAAUCCGCUCCCUGUGCUUCUUGGUACAGGAUGCCUUCUCCGUUUCUAAUUCGAGCCCCAUGUCCUUCUACAAACAUACCGACGACACAUACAUAAACUCGUAUAUACCGAUGAACCACUAAACUCUCGUACUAAUGCACUAGGAAGCGAACUUACUCUUCGAAACCAGCAGCGGCAUGCGGGCCACCACUCGUGUGCCACGUGCCUGCUGCUCCACAUUUCGUUUUCUGUUUUUGGCCAUGGAUCAAGAGGAGAGAAGGGAGAACCUAAUUAUGGGUAUAGGGGAAGGAGCAGCAUAACUCAAACACUCAAUUAACACUCGAUGCAUUUGAAUCAAAAAGUUGUCACGUAAAAUCAAAACGUUCUUAAUAGCGCUGUGUAAUGAGCGGAGCCAGGGGACUGCUAGACGGCCAUUCAUGUAGAAACCUGGCGGGCGCGCCCAAGUAUAUUUAUCAAAUACAAACACUCAAACACUCGGUAUCGCUCCUUCUUUCUAUCUCUCUCUCUCUCUCUGUCUCUGUCUCUGUUAAAAAACGGCCCACUUAGGAAGAAUCGUAAAUUCUUUAAAUAAAAAAUAAAAGGAGCAACACGCAAAACGAAUCAAAUCACUUCCACAAAACAAUAAAUAAAUUCAAUCAAAAAGUAACUAAUAGAAAACUAGCUCAACUAGCUGGGAAGUGCAGAAAGAGCAUCAGGCAUGUCAGAAUGGGUGGUAACAAGACGGGUGGCACAUCAUCUCGGAUCAGAACGUGCACGCACCCCCGCCGCUGCGACGGUUUGCUAAACAAUCGGGAUUUGAUCAAAGUGUAGUAAGUUAAUUCACGAACGAACCAGUGGCAGCACCCCACUGUCGAUGGAAAGCAUAUAGCAGCAUAAUAUUAGUUCGUUGAUCGGAUGUGGCACGGACAAGGAUAGAGAUGAACGGAAUCGAACUACUUAUAACCCCCUAUUUCUUAUAGGCAUCAAUCAAUAAAUGAAAGUAUGA